GGAUUUGUUUUCCACCGUUUUACUUCUGGCAAUCAGACCGACUUAUAAUGGUUAAUAUGCCUAAGGUUUAAUGUACCUGGCAGCCGCGUCCCAGACUGCAGCACCUAGUGAACCCGAACGAGCCUGGAUGGCUUGUGCAGUUCCCAGGUUUUAAGCUCUUCUCCCUUUUUGAGACCCUCGGACAGAGCGGGUCUCCGGGAACUGGGGCUCGUAUCACAAAGUUGGAUUUGUUUAGCAGGAUAACUAGUUGGAUUUAAGGUAGUCUGGGCUAAAUCUAAGUAAACGAAGAUAAAGUCCAUUAAAACUGCGGUACCUUAUCCGACAGGUUAUCCUGUUAAGCAAGCAAAGCGGCAUCGUGAUGUAGGCCUCAGGUGCAUUACGUGAAAUAAACACGGAGGUACUUUGGUAAAAAAAAAAAAAAAAAAAAUCAAGCAAGCAAGACAGUGUUUUGCUAGCCUUAAGUUAUAUACGCAUUAUGUUCUGAAAGCUAGACUGUAGAUCGAGGCGGAGGAUGCUUGUAACGCGAGUAUCAGUUUGCCCGUCUUCCUCCUUUGUUUUGCAUUUGCCGCAUUGUGUAGCUUUUGUGUAGCAACUAGAAAAAGAAUCGUAUGGAAUUAAAUGUCGAAAGGUAGACAAAAUUCCUUAAGGUACCAUAAUAAUUUAAAGAAAAGGUACUAUAUCUUCUUUUUAGAAAAGGGAAUCAUUUGAAUAAAAUGCUCAGAGACUCCCUGCACAUAGGUUGCUGUGAUUUUGCGACAUACCACCAGUUGACAGAACGUCCCAUCUGGCCAGAAUGGGCUCUAAGCGGUACUCCAGCCAGCCUUCCACCCGCCGGGGCAGCUUUGAGGAUGGAGGGGCCUUUGAGAAGUUUGAGUUGUAUGUCCCCAAGGAGGCAGAGGUGAUUGUUGUUCCUGUGGAGGCCCUGCCUUUGUCCAUGCGGAGUAGGAUGAGUUCAGUCCCCUCGGCGAAGAAAGCGGAUGGCGGGGCCGCCGUCUCCGGCCGCAUGGCCACGUGGAUCUCUCCUGUUGUGAUCCAGAUGAGAGAGGCUCGGCUUGGGGACUCCAGCGGUUCCCAAGACGACGGACUGGCGCGGGCGCGUCUCCACAGUGCCGUCGCAGCGUCUGCAGCGCUGAUGAACUGCUGCUGGCUUCCCAUCACCUGUGCGCAUCUGGCUGCCUUUAAUGUCCUGAGGGACUUCCUGCCCCUAGGGCGAGGCAGUCAUCCCAGAAAGGAAAGGAAGGCCGUCCAUUCAGAGCCCACCUCCUUACCGCCAGAACGCAUCCUCCGCUUCACCCGUGACUCCAUCAUCAUCCAUGGGGGGCGGAUUUUCUUAUCCAUCAAGAAUUCCACCGCUGCCCUCAAGAGGAGCCAUGGUCGCCCUGUUCCCAUACAAGACUCUUCACCCCUGACUGUCGUACAGUGUCAGAACAACUUCCGGAGGUCUCCGGGCACCCGACGGAACAGGAAAAAGCCCUGUGCCACCGCGACCAGUGUGCAGAUUUCAUCUCUGCUUCAGCCUUGUUCCAUGGCUGGAGUGAAUCCUCAGGAUGCAGCAGCCUUGCUGCAGAAAUUUGGCAUCAGUCGGGAGGUGCGUGUGACUCUGAGGAGGUUACCUGAGAUACACAGAGGAUGCAGCAGCUGGCAGCUGGGUGCUGUGAUGGAUCCAAAUGACCAAAUGUUGCCCUCUAGAGGCUCAUCGGCAGAAGAAUCUGGUAGUUGUAUAAAUGUAAAAGAUUCCAAAAGCGAAAGUUUCCAAGAACACUGUGCUAUUUUUGACCAGAGAGACCCUGUGGAAGACAAACAUCGGGUGGAAACUGAGGAGCAAAGCACAAGGGAACCUGUGCUUAAAAAAACAAGACUUUCACAGCCUGCUAUGUUGGGGUUACAUGAGGGUGAUGGAGGGGAUAAGACAGCGGAUGGUGAAGAAGAUGGGGAUGUGAGCAGGGCUGGGCAUGGAGAAGAGGCUUCUGCCCUCGGACAGAAGGAAGUUACUGAAGAUGGACAGGAAGAAGUGGCCGGGGCUGAGGAUGAGGACUGUGUGAAACAUGAGUGUGACAUCAAAAGUGAAGAGACAGUGAACUGGGCCAGCCACAGCCCAGAUGGGUCCCCAGCUGGGGAACUGCCCCCCUACCUCGUCACAUCCCAGCUAGAAGAUCACACGGCAUUCGACUUCGAGCAGCUGGCGAGGCAGGAGAGGAUAAAUCGGAUUCGGGAGAAGAUCCGGGAAAAGGAGGCUGCUCUGAGGAGUCUGGAACCCCCCAGUUAAAUUCGGCUGGGUGGAGGGGGCAUGCGCAGUGAUUUUGUUUCCUGUUCUGUGGUUCUUAGUGCUGACUGAGGUUUUGUUUUUUUGUCCCCAUUUUUUCCCCCCCCCUCUCCUUUUUUAGACACACACUAGCUACAUGUAUUAUUGAGUGCAAUGUAUGACCUGUACAGGCCGGUUACAGGUCACAUGGUGUGGAGAAUGCUGACAAUGCCUUUUCAUCACCCUCCGUUUCAUUAUGGGAAAUUUUGUUAAAAUAAAAAGAAAAUGUAUACACUGUACAUUUUGUACAUGUACAAAAGUGAGGGGGGAUAUGAUUUCAUGCGGAAUAAAGCUGAUCUUUACCUUUGCAUUAUGGGAUGGCUUGUGUUCCGGAGAACCAGCCACCCUGCGCUGUUCCUCGAUGGUGUGUCUUAGGUGACAUGCCUUACCAGCCAGGUGAUUCCAUUUUGUUUGCCAGUUAAUUUCUGGAGGUAGAGCAGAAAUCCUGCGGAUAUAGACGACUAAUUCCCAUGAUCUGUCUUCUAUUUCAAGGGGCUUCGUGUGCUGACCUGGGAGCAGUUUGAAUAGCCCUUCUGAAGGUUGCCGUUGUGUUAAUGACUAGAGAGCAUGUGUCAGUGGUUGUGAAUUGCACUGAAUAGCUUGUAAUGGCUGCAGUGAUGUACAGCCUUUUGUUCAGUAGCCUUGAGCACGACCUGGGGGUGGGGUGGGGUGGGGGUUUGUAUGCAUAUUAAAAUGUCUAACCAGGCUGAAUGGGAUUAUUUCAGUUUUUCUGGAGGUGAAGAUAAUCCAUGAUGAUGGAUGAUAGGAUUCUGUCUCCUACCUGAUGUCUUCCCCACUGUUUUGGUGUCACAGGUUUUGUGAAACUUUUUUCAGGAAUCGACUGUUGUGGGUGAAAUGUACGGCGAGUGAGUCACAUGAAGGAUGUGGCAGACAGAACGUGAUUUCUGUUUUCACUCUUGGUGGCCAACCACUGUAACACUGAACAGUUUGGGCAGGGCAGUAGCUGAGGGCAUUGAAAUUAGUUUCUGUUUGUGUUGACUUGCGAUUAUCUGCUGUUUUCCAUGCUCUCUGCACCUCUGUCCUUGUGCAAUAAAUCAUAAUGUGUCUGACA